AUGAUUGACAAAAUUGCAAUCAACGACGAUUCGGGAAUGACAGGCAACGACUUUUCAUGGCUGGCGACAGCUUUCUUCAUCGCUUAUGCCAUCGCCGAGAUACCUCAAGGGGCUCUUCUCCAGCGCUUUCCAGUUGCAAAAGUUCUCGGAGCCAACGUCUUUUGCUGGGGUAUUAUCCUCUGUUGCUCUUCAGCGACCAAGAAUUUCGCCGGCAUCCUCACACUCCGUAUUCUGCUUGGAUUGAUGGAAGCGGUUAUUGCACCCUCUCUCACUCUGUAUACCAGUAUGUGGUAUACUCGCGCAGAGUCGACUCCACGAUACGGAUUUUGGUACUGUGGUCUUGGCGUUGGACAGAUUGUUGGCGGCUUUAUCUCCUUUGCCGCUCAGCAUGCCACGGCAAGCUUGUCAUUUGGUGGAUGGCGGAUCAUGUUCGUCGUCAUCGGUGCGGUCAACAUCUUGGUUUCACUACUGGUCCUCUUUGUGUUACCUGAAACACCCACCAAGGCCAAGUUCUUGACCGAGGACGAGAAGCAGCGUAUCUUCCAGCGACUCCACCAGGACCAAGCCGGGGUUGGUGAAAAGGUCUUCCGCUGGCCAUCUGUCCUUGAAGUAUUCGCCGAUCUUCAGACGUGGAUGCUAGUGCUUCUGACCAUUCUGAUCACAAUUCCCAGUGGUGUGAUCACAACAUUCUCAUCAAUUCUUAUCAAGGGCUUCGGUUACAACUCUAAAGAGAGCGCUUUGCUGAACAUGCCGUCCGGGGUGGUCAGUAUCGCCUCCACUAUGAUCUCUACAUAUGCGAUUUCCAAAGGGUUUUCACGCUGGUUGGCCAUUGAUAUUCUGUUGAUUCCUACGCUGUUGGGAUCCUGUCUCAUGUCAUUUCUUCCUGUCUCCAACAAAGGGGGCUGUCUGGCCGGGAUCUACCUAGUCAAUACCACGGUUGCUCCUCUCGCUUUGAUUUACGCCUGGACUGGCGCCGACUUUAAAGGAUACACAACGAAGGUUUCUGGGGCAGCCAUCGUCUCUAUGGCGUUUAAUAUUGCCAAUAUCAUCGGAUCACAGACGUUUCAAGCCAAAGAUGCCCCACGAUACAUUCCUGCGAAAAUAACCUUGGUAGCGGUGAAUGCUGCAGCAAUAUUGGUCUCCACUGGUCUGCGCCUUUUGUACGGAGUAUCUAUCCGACGGCGACGGAUUUAUGCCCGACGCUUCCCUCCGAUCCUAACGGUUACAAAUGCAAACCACCUCCCAUGGGAAAAGAUCACCAACGAAGAUUCAAUUCUCAUCAUGAAAAUGCCACCGAUUGACCCCAAAUCCCUCGUUCUCAUAACCGGCGGGAAUGGGUUCAUCGCCGCCCAUUGCAUCGCAACCCUCUUGCAGUCCGAUUAUCGCGUCAGAGCCACAGUUCGCUCAGCAGAAAAGGCAGAAGCGACGCUCGAAUCACUUGAUGCGGCAGGCGUAAAACAUCUCUCGUGUCUUGAAUUUUCGGUGGUGCCCGACCCGACCGAUCUCGAGGCUCUGUUGCCCGCUUUGCAAGAAUGCCAGGCUGUCUUGCACUUGGCUUCUGCUUUCAAUUACAAUGCGAAGCCUGGAGAGUUUGAAAAGAAGUUGAUGAUUCAAGGGCACGCAGGUUAUUCCUUUGCGAGCGUGUAUGAUGCUAGUCUGGGACUUCAACCUGGUCGUAUCUAUUCCGAGGUGGACUGGUGCCCAUUGACAUAUGAAGACGGUGUGAAUGCAUCGGCUGUUCCCAUCGCGUAUCGUGCAUCAAAGGUGGUAGCCGAGCGUGCUGCCUGGGAUUAUGUUCAUGAGCACUCGGUCCAGUAUCAUUUAAUCACACUAUGUCCCGGGUUGGUUUUCGGAAAGAUGAUACAUCCCAUAUCAUCACUCGCGGAGCUCAAUGCCAGCAAUCAGAUUGUCUGGGACGUGCUGAAUGCAGGACAUCAUGGUGAACUUCCUCCUACAAAAGCUCCUGUUUGGAUCGAUGUUGAGGACUUAGCUACAGCCUGUCUCAAGUCCCUGGAAUUCUCCACCGAUGACCAUGAAAGAUUCUUGCUUACACAAUCAUCUUAUGACACACAGGAGAUAGCUGAUGUAGUUUCUGAAAGGCUUCCCGUGAGCAGGGUUCCCGUGGGUAGUCCCGGAAGCCGUAUUGCCGAUACGCACUAUUCUUGUGACUCUUCAAAAGCAAAACAAGUUUUGGGGUUGAAAGUCAGAACUCUGGAGGAGUCCAUUAUUCCAUUGGCACGGCAGCUUUACGCGAUGGAAAAAGUCAAUAGAAUGUAG